AUGGAUGGACUUGAGACAUCAAUAGUACCUGCAGAUCUUAUAGGAAGUGCAUGUCCGGAGAAGAUUUUGGAAUUUGAGGAGAAAAAAUUACUGCGGAAGAAACAAAAUGUUCAAAAAAGAAGACCUAAGAAAAAGGAAACCACGCCUUCUCAGGUCGAGCUUGGCCUAAAACUGCAGAACCUGUUGUUAGAUGAUAAUUUGGAAGACAAUACCAAUCACGACGCCAGUGAUUCUAUUGAGAGGAUAUUAGAAGAAACAACUUCUAUGGUUGAUGCUGUUCUAAACACAGAAAAAUCGAUGUCGUCACAUGAUGACGAUGACAUAGAAAACAUUGGAUGGACUCCGAAUAUCAGCAACAUAUCAAGCAUGAAUGGAAAUGAGUGUGUUUCUAGUACAGACAAAAGUGUGGUGAUAGAUCUUUUGAGCCCUACUCCAUUUAAGCCAUCAAAUAAUUCAAAAUUUAAUUCAUCAAGUGAACAAAAUAUUGAAGUGGUUAAUUUGAGUGAUUCAGAAAAGGAGGUGUCACCUGAACACAAGCAGAAAGCUAAAGAGUUGAGAUUGUUUUUAGCAAGUAUUAGAAAUGAAAUCCAUUGA